UUAUGGUUCAUCAAUUCGCGAUCGUGAGCUCUCCUCUACAGUACGUUCCAUUCGUAUAGGACUAUGAUCGUCACUGUUAUGCGUCGGAGAAUCCAUCAGCAUUAGAUCAAUAUUCUCUUCAAGCUACUCCCGUCUGGCCCGGAGUGACCCCGAGCCGUGAUUUGCGGUCGAUCGGCACGUUCAGCAGACCUCCCAGCCUAUCUAGAACCUCGUUUAUGUACGAUGCCUCUGCAAUUCAAACCGCCUCUUUGCCAUAGGUCGCCCAGCUUGAAGAGCCACGAUCAUCGUCUGCCGGAAAUCAUGGGUGAUGCCACUGCGCUCAACGAUGGGGGAGCCGUUACCAUUGCCAUCAUCGGAUGCGGCCAGAGAGGAAAGGCUUAUGCGGAAUACGCCCUGUGCGAACCCUCCAAAUGCAAAGUCGUCGCAAUGGCAGAACCCCGUCCCAAUACAUGCGCCCUGUUUGCGCAGACACAUGCCAUAGACGGAACUCUAGUAUUCCGGGACUGGAGAGAUCUGCACAAGGCGUCAGCGGAGACUCUCAAAACAGUUGGGCAUCGCCUUGCUGAUGUGGUGGUGGUCGCUGUGCAGGAUAGUAUGCAUCUUGAAGUUGUGGAAGCGUUCGCCAAGCAGGGAUAUCAUAUUUUGUGUGAGAAGCCUAUGGCUACCAGCCUCAAGGACAUAGUAAAGAUGGAGACUGCUGUGAAGAAGGCUGGGAUCAUCUUUGGUAUGGGACACGUGCUAAGAUAUUCGCCGUAUAGCAAAGCAAUCACAGAGAUAGUACGAUCGGGAGCACUGGGAGAGCUAAUCAACGCUGUGCACGUAGAACCUAUUGGGUACUACCACUUCGCGCAUUCAUACGUACGAGGGAGUUGGGCGCAGCAGACAGAGAGUUCUUUCUCGUUGAUGACGAAGAGUUGUCAUGAUAUUGAUUUAUUAUGCAAUUGGUUUGCUCCCGCAACCCCUGCGCGAAUCUCGUCAUUUGGUUCUCUCAAGCACUUCCGCAAAGCAUCUAAGCCAGCCGCCGCGGGAGACGCUCAGCAAUGCCUCGAUUGUAACUACGAACGAGAGUGUCCUUACAGCGCGAAGAAAAUCUACCUGGAUCCCGUUUCCCGCCAUGACAAGGGAUGGCCAGCGUCAACCAUUAUAGAUGGAAUCCCAGACCUUGAGAAUAUUCAUGAGGCCUUGAAGAAAGGCCCCUACGGCCGCUGCGUAUACGAGUCGACGAAUGAUGUAUGUGAUAACCAGGUCGUCAACCUAGAGUUCUCCAAUGGGUCAACAGCUUCGUUCACCAUGGUUGCAUUCACGUCUCUCAUUUGCGAGCGGCAAAGUCGCUUGCAUUUCACGCAUGGGGAGAUUGUCGGUGACAUGUCUACUUUCACAGUCACCGAUUUCCGGACGAAAGUGUCCACAUUGCACACGCCUCGUCUCGAAGGCGGCGGCCACGGCGGUGGGGAUUUGGGUUUGAUCAGGACAUUCGUGGACGCUGUAAGAGCUGGUAAGCAGGAAAUGGUCGGCACGAACAUCGAUGAAGUCGUGAGGAGCCACCUCACUGUUUUCGCUGCGGAGUCCAGCCGGAAGGAAGGCAGGGUCGUGGACUGCUUGGAGUAUGAGAAGGGAGUGAGGGAAGAAUUUGGGCACUCAGCGGAGGAUAGUGGGUGAGGUUGCGGGGCCUUCCCUGCGCGUUGUGGUCGGGGUGUCCUUGAUACCGAUGGCGCAUAAUUUAUUUAUUUUGGGUUUACGUUGAAGUUUGGGUUCGUGUUCUAUUUGCAGUUGUCAGCUUACUAUCGUUUGCUUGUCUGUUGCCCGAUAGUCGAACUAUGGUGCUGUGAGGU